UUUCCUCUCUCUUUCUGUCUCUCUUCAAGCCCUAUCUCACUUCCCUUCUUCUUAAGCAUUCUUUUACAUUCUUUCUUUGACUCUCUUUCACUCUCUAUCUCAUCUUCACCCACCUCUAAUGGCGACGGAAGGAAAACCAGAAGCCAAAACUACUGAACAGAAACCUGCAGAAGGUAAUAAAGAAGUAGUUGUAGAAGAACAACAAGAACCACCACUCAAAUACAAGACAUUGGUCUUGAAAGUUUCUGUUCAUUGUGAGGGCUGCAAAAGGAAAGUCAAAAAAAUCCUAACAAACAUUGAAGGUGUUUACAAAACAGAUAUUGAUUUGAAACAACAGAAGGUAACAGUAUUGGGAAAUGUAGAUGCAGACACUUUGAUCAAGAAGCUGGUGAAGGCAGGGAAACAUGCAGAGCUAUGGCCUGAAAAGGCUGACCACAAAAAGAAAGGAAAAUCAAAAAACAAAGAUAAAGAAAAAGAAAAAGAAAAACAGCAAAGCGACCAAGAAAGUGGUGAAGAAGGAGGUGAAAAAAAUAAAGAAACUGUUAAAACUGAAGUACUUAUCGUUCAAGAUCCUUCAAAACCUAAUGAAAAUGGAACCGCCAAUAAAAACGGUGGAACCACCACAAAAAAUGGGGCCGUUGAGUCUAACGUUGAUGUUGGGAAAAGUAAAGAAGCCGGUGCAACCAGUAAAACCGGUGGUGGACAAGUCAAGGAGGUCAAGAUUGAGAUGAAACAACCUGUGACCUGCCCGGCCGGUACCCAGUCACCGGUUACUGAAAAGAAAAUCGGUAGCGAGAAUGAGGGUGGUGCUGAGAAAAGUGGUAAUGGUGGCAAAAAGAAGAAAAAGAAAGGGCAUAAAGGGAAUAAUAACAACGCUGGUGAGGGCGAACAUUCUAGUGAUGUACCUGCAGGCACUGGAUCACCUAUACAUGGUCAUGGUCAAGGCCCAAUUGGGCCUGUUCCCUAUUCUACCAAUCACAGCCUGCCACAUCAUCAUGUAUAUCAAUACCCAUCACAUUACUAUACACCUCCGCCCGCGUAUGCUGUGAACUACAAUACAGCGUAUCCCAGUACUAGCUACGGUGCAUCAAUCAACCCUCCAUCGUAUUCAUACGCGUAUAUGCAACCGGGAUUUGCAAGCGAACCUCCAGCGUUGGAUUUCGAAUCAAACCCAUCACAGCCGUUGGAUUCAUUCGAGAUUUUUAGUGAUGAAAAUCCAAAUGCAUGCUCAAUUAUGUGAAAAAUUGGCAACAAAUGGUGGCAUUAGCACAUGAAACUUAUACUUCUUGUAUAAGUCUAUGGGGUAAAAUUUUUGUAAUGUAUGUAGAUAUGAGUGGUAAAAAAUUCUAACAGCUAGGGUAAAAAUUAAAUAAGAGAGGCAUUUGGGGGGUUUUGGAGGGUUUCAUUUUAGUGGGACUGUGUGUUAGCCUUUAUAUGGUACUUUUGAAUCUUUUAAGUUUGGUUUAAAAGUGUAUGUUAGCAAUUUAAUACUUAGUUGUUAGUAGGUCCUCCUUCUUUGUCUCUCUUUAUUUUUCUUAUGUGUAAAGUUAGAUUUGGGACUUGGGAAUUUGGCUUAUUAGAUGGUGAUUAAUGAUAUA